UCAGCUAUCAACAUGCGGGAUGGAAGUGUUGAUGGUAACCAACGUGUGUAGAGAGAAAUAAGGAGUUUACACUCAUACAGCCGCAAAAUAUCAGGGUUUUGGUAUAAUUUGUGAACAAAAUGGCGGGCACCAAUCUUCAGUUCAAAACAAAUUAUGUUGUUUCGAGCAAGAUUGAACCGUUUUACAAAGGAGGGAAAGUUCAGAUCAGCAAAGAUGAAAAGUACAUUUUCUGCACUUGUGGUUCCCGUGUCAACGUUUUGGAGAUCAGCACUGGGAAGAUCAUUCACUGUGUGGAGCAUGAUGAUCAAGAGGACAUCACAUCUUUUGCACUCAGCUGUGAUGAUGAGCUGUUGGUAACAGCCAGCAGAGCGCUGCUGCUGAAGCAGUGGGACUGGAAACAAGCUCAGUGUACUCGCUCCUGGAGGGCCAUUCACACGGUUCCUGUAGCCAGUAUGACAUUUGACUCCACCUCCACCCUGCUGGCUACAGGUGGCUGUGAUGGCACGAUAAAGAUUUGGGAUGUGGUGAAGCAGUACUGCACUCACAACCUUAAGGGGUCGUCAGGAGUUGUACACCUGGUCCAGUUUCACCCAGACAUCAGUCGGCUGCAGCUCUUCUCCUCCUCUCUGGACUGUGGCAUUCGGCUGUGGGACCUUCGCUCCAGUCAGUGCAUUAGUGUGCUGCAGAGCCACUACAGCGCCGUCACCGCUCUCAGCUUCAGCCCCGACGGAAACACCAUGAUCAGCUCUGGCAGAGACAAGAUCUGCACGGUGUGGGACCUGAAGACCAAAACAGCAAAAAGAACUGUACCAGUCUACGAGGCAGUUGAAGGUGUCGUGCUUCUGCCUGAGGAUGAAGACUUCUCUCAAAUUGGAGUCAAAAACAAAGACUUACAUUUCGUCACAGCUGGAAGCAAAGGAAUCUUGAGAGUGUGGGAGGCCAGCACGGCACGUUGUGUCUACGCCCAGACCCUCUCCUCCACCCUCACUGCUGUCUCUGAGGAGUCAGAGGAGGGGGAGAAAGACGACGACCCUCGCAGUCUAACAUACCUCCUUCACCUGCCAGACUCCUCACGUCUGGCUACGGUCACUGCAGAGCACAACAUCGUGAUCUAUCAGCUUCCUGCUCUCAGCACGCAGCAGCAGUUUGUGGGCUACAGUGACGAGGUCCUGGAUGUGAAGUUUCUGGGUAAAGACGACAGCCACAUCGUUGUGGCCACCAACAGCUGCCAGCUGAAGGUGUUUGAGCUGCUCACUAACAGCUGUCAGAUCCUGUACGGACACACAGAUACUAUCCUCUCAUUGGACGUCUUCAGAAAGGAUUCUCUCUUCGCAAGCUGUGCAAAGGACCGGUCCAUCCGUGUGUGGCAGAUGGACUCUGACAGCGGUGAGGUGGUCUGUGUAGCUCAGGGCUGCAGCCACACCAACGCUGUUGGCUCCAUCUCCUGCUCCAGGAUGAAAGCAUCUUUUGUAGUAUCUGGCAGUCAGGACUGUACCAUCAAGGUUUGGGAUCUGCCAGAAGACUUGUGUACGACAGAAGAAGACAUUCACCAGCUGACCGCACGUGCUACAGAGAAGGCACACGACAAGGAUGUAAACAGCGUCGCAGUAUCGCCCAAUGACAAGCUGCUGGCCUCGGGCUCUCAGGACCGCACAGCCAAGCUGUGGUCGCUGACGGGGGAGGGGACUGUUGUCCUGCUCGGGGUGUUUAAGGGACACCGUCGAGGCGUCUGGGCCGUCUGCUUCUCUCCUGUCGACCAGGUUUUAGCCACGUCUUCUGCUGACGGCACCACUAAGCUGUGGAGCCUGCAGGACUUCAGCUGCCUCAAGACAUUCGAGGGUCACGAUGCGUCCGUUUUGAAGGUCAUCUUCGUGAGCCGAGGCACGCAGCUGCUCACCAGUGGCUCUGAUGGUUUAGUGAAGCUGUGGACCAUAAAGACCAACGAAUGUGUGAAGACGCUGGAUGCCCACCAGGAUAAAGUAUGGGGUCUCCACGGCAACCGCAAAGACGACAAGAUGGUGACUGGCUCUGCAGACUCGAACAUCACUGUGUGGCUGGAUGUGACUGAAGUGGAGCUGGCAGAGGAGCAGGCCAAGCAGGAGGAUCAAAUACUCAAGCAGCAGGAGUUGUCCAACCUGCUCCAUGAGAAGAAAUAUCUGAAGGCUCUGGGUCUCGCCAUCUCGCUGGAUCAGCCUCACACGGUGCUCACUGUCAUUAAAGCGAUCCGUCAAGGGGAGGAAAGUCGUGAACUGUUGGAGAAGACGGUGCUGAAACUUCGAGUGGAUCAGAAAGAGUCUCUGCUGCAUUACUGCGUCAUCUGGAACACCAACGCCAGAAACUGCCAGGAUGCCCAGGCCGUCCUGCAGGUGCUCCUCACACACCUGCCGCCUGAAGAGCUGUUGCAGUACCAGGGAGCUCGAACGCACCUGGAGGGACUUAUCCCAUACACAGAGAGACACAUGCAGAGGAUCGGCAGGCUGCUGCAGGCAUCCAUGUUUUUGAACUACAUGUGGCAGAAGAUGAGAGUGGCCGGAGCCCCAACCAGUUUGGACCAAGAUGAAGAAAUGGACACCACUCCUCUCACACAGCCAUUCUUUACGAUAGACAAGAAGACAGGAAGUGAUCAUAAAGACGAGGAGAAACAAGAUGGCAAUGACAGUGAUGGAGAACAACAUCAAGAUCCAAACUGCCCUAUGGAGGAGGAGGAAGAGGACGAUGAGGUCAGCAUCACCAAAAAAGCGUCCGCCAAUGGCAAGCGAGUAGAAAACGGCAAGAGCACUAAAACAAACGGGAACCAACGCUCCGACAGCGAGGAGAGCUCAGAUGAAGAAGAAGAAGAGACGGAUCAAACUCUGAAGGAAAUGAAAUGUCUCCCCGUUUCCUCAACCCAGCAAAGCCAGACCGUAACCAGCUGACAAAGAUCUCCAAGCAAUGACAGAUGACUCACUCCUGAGGGGAAAUAAAGCCCAGGAGGUCAUCUUACCUGAGAUCAUUAGCUGGAGAAAAUGUGUGGCAGUGCAGGGACGGACAGAGGAAGGUGUGGAACGAUGAUUAUAAGCCUCUCUGUGCCUCCAUGUGCAGCUGAGAUGCACAAAGACUCUUCUCUUUUGCAAAUUAUAUUCCAGUUCUUUCAGAGUCUGAGCAGAUUUGAGGAUUUCUUCAGACAGAAUGGGACUAAAGGAAAAAGACUUAACUGUAUUUACAUUCAGACACUGAGUCAGACUUAUGGACAGAAACCAGCAUGCUGUGUCAUGCUGCAUUGUCCUGAUCUACCGGCUUGACCACAACAACAAAAGGCUUUGUAACCCCUGAUUUUUUAUGUAAUGA